CUUCCUAUGAUAAGUACCUCGGACUUUAACUGGGUAAAGUCUCGACUAGAGUAGGCCAGGUUCAUCUUCUGGUCACCCAUAGCAUAUUUACGUGUUUGGCCGUUAAAUUGUUUUGAGUAUAUACUAUAGAAUUUAAACUAACUGGGAAAAGUAAGUUCAGUAAGUAAUUGCAGCAUUUUGUCUCGAAGGAAGCACAGGUUGCACGCGACAUACAAAAUAUUGUCGGAUUGGUAGCAACAGAUUCAGCCAUGGUGAAGAUUUUUGGUAUAGAGUUUGCUCCCCUGAGGGUGCCGUAUAGUCGCCGCCUGCAGACAUUAGCUGUAACCCAGUACACACUUUGCUUCCUGUUUCUUGGAUUUACCUGUCUUUUCUUCAGUAUAUACGUUCUUUUUUUCACUCAAUACUACUACCUCAUGUUAUUAUACUUGGCAUGGAUGUAUUACGAUAGAGAUAUCGCCGAACGUGGAGGUCGAAGGUCAGAUAGGGUGAGAAGAUGGAAAAUCUGGGAUUAUCUAAAAGACUAUUUUCCAGCCAAAUUAGUAAAAACAGCUGAAUUAAACCCAGAGAAAAACUACAUUCUAGGAUUUCAUCCACACGGUAUAAUGAGCACUAGUGCUUUCGUCCAUUUCGCUUCGGAAGGUUCCGGCUGGAGUAGGCUAUUUCCUGGAAUAACCUCGUACCUGUUAGUCCUGGGAGGUCAUUUCAUGUUUCCAUUGUACAGAGAUUACUUGAUGUUGUCAGGUACUGUCGCAGUUACCAAAAGCAGUAUGAAUUUCCUUCUGAGAGAGAAUGGGACUGGAAAUGCAUUGGUUCUGGUUGUUGGCGGAGCGCUGGAAGCUUUGGAAGCAUUCCCAGGGAGAUUCAACCUCAAACUUAACAAACGCAAGGGAUUUAUCAAGAUGGCGCUGGAGACAGGGACCUCCCUGGUGCCCACAUUUUCGUUUGGCGAGCUGAACCUGUACCAACAGCUGGAGAACCCUCCCGGCUCCUUCCUCCGUCGGCUCCAGACUGUCAUGACUAAAUACCUAGGGUUCUCUCCCCCUGUCUUCCAUGGGCGUGGUGUGUUCAACUACACAUAUGGUCUCAUACCCUAUCGUCAGCCCAUCAAUACUGUCAUUGGCGCUCCCAUUGAUGUGGAAAGGAUUGACAGACCCAAUCAUGCUCAGAUCGACCAACUACAUGCUAAGUACCUGGCCGCUCUCAAGGAACUCUUUGACAGUCACAAGGAAAAGUGUGGUGUGGAUCCUUCAAAUGAGCUUCAUUUCAUCGACUAAGACAACAUCAUUACAUAAACAAGUUUUGAUCAUUUGGAAUAGUUUGUAGAACUGUCAACUAGCAUAUCUUUUGAAAUUGGUACAGUACUUAAAACAUUUUUGGUGCUCUUAAAAUUUAGUGGAAUUAUCAAACUCUGAUAGACCACCACAAGGAUGAAUUUGUUUACCAACAAUAUUUGCCAUAAAUAAUAUUAUGUAGAUGGACACAAGUUUUACUUCAUUCCUUAGAUACUUUAUAUAUAGUUACGCAAUAUAAAUGAAUUAUUUCCAAGACAUCACAAGGAAGUUUGAAAGCUGCCAGCUGACAAAAAACGUUUUGUUGGAAUAAUUGUUUUAAAUGAAAUAUAAUGUUGGAUGUCUGCCGCUGUUGAGAAAAGUACUAGUAUUCAACAGACAGGGAUAUAUUGCUUCCCAGAUGAAUAUGAUAUUUAACAGCAAAGAUGAAUAUGUUUAAGAGCCAAGAUGAAUAUAAUGUUUAACAAUCAAGAUGAAUAAAUUGUUUAACAGUCAAGAUGAAUAUGAUGUUUAACAGUCAAUAUGAAUAUGAUGUUUAACAGUCAAGAAAAAUAAUAUGAUGUUUCACAAAUAAUCAUGAUUUUGAAGUGUGACAGAUAGUAUGAAUAUAUUUCACAGAUAGUGAGGAUGAAUAUGAUGUUUAACAGUCAAGAUAAUAGGAUGUUUAUUAUUCAAGAUGAAUAAUUAUGGUGUUUUAAUAGUCAAGGUAAUAUGGUGUUUAAUAGUCAAGAUGAUGUUUAAUAGUCAAGAUGAAUAUGAUGUUUAACAGAUAAUCAUUAUGAUUAUGAUGUGUCACAGAUAGUAUGAAUAUGAUGUUUCACAGAUAGUGAGGAUGAAUAUGAUGUUUAAUAGUCAAGAUGAAUAUAAUGUUUAACAGUCAAGAUGAAUAUGAUGUUUAAUAGUCAAUAGUCAAGAUGAAUAUAAUGUUUAACAGUCAAGAUGAAUAUAAUGUUUCACAGUCAAGAUGAAUAUGAUGUCAACAGUCAAGAUGAAUAUGAUGUCAACAGUCAAGAUGAAUAUCAUGUUAAAUAGUCAAGAUGAAAAUGGUAUUUCACAAUAUUGAGGUGAAUAUUUACUUUAAAUAUCUCAUAUUCAUUAGCAAUAGUGAAUAACUACAGAAUGGGAUAGAAGCUUUAAUUUUGUUUAAAGAAAUUCCUUGCAUACACCAUGAUCAUAAAAUGAAAUUUAUUGUAUUUUUGUAUAAAAUUAAUAUGAAUGUCUAUAUAUUGUUACUACUUGUUUAGAUUGUAAUACAGCAAAUUUGUAUUUUAUACUUCUUCAUAUAUAUACAUUAGUAUAUUAUUGUUGAUCCUAUAGAACUGUUAAAUUAAAACUCAUGAAAUAUCGGCUACUGCAAAUCGUCUGUUGAUAAAAUGUUGUUGGUUACAUCUUUUUCUUAUUCUAGAUAGACAUCUGGUGUUUUUGGUGCUUCAGAUAAAAAGGUGCUUCUUGAAUUAUUAUAUAAUUGUUACUUAUGUAUAGUAAUGUUGAUUUGUUGUAUGAUUUAUGACACAUUCCUUGCUUUAUUGUAUGUUAAAGCCGAGUUGUAAGGUAAAUCACUUUUUAAGUCGCCUAAGAUGAAGCCGCAAGUGACCUAUUGCAGUCGCACUCCGACCCUUGUUAGUUUCAGCUGAUUGGAUUGUUAUUUUCAAGAUAUAGAUUCUAUAUCUUAUUUUUGUUAAAUUUUCUGAUAAUGUUGUAAAAAUGAUUAAUGAUUUGUUUCCAUUUCAUUCAUGUCUCCAAGUUUCAAUUCCACUUGCCACAAAAUUGCUCAACAUGUUUUAAGAAAUGUUAUGAAAUCCUUUUACUUAUAAUUUAAACCCUAGAUGCAUUUAUAAAUGUCUUUGCCUUAUGCAUCAAUUGUUACUUUCUAAAUAAAUAUUUUCACUAAAGAAGAA